AUGGCUGAUAACGAAAUAAAUGAUGGUUGUUCAGGAUUUUUUGACUUUAGAGAUAAUGAAGAGUCUUCAUUUGAAUCACAAUCAGUCAUAUCUUCUUCAAUUUCUUUUUUAGAAUCGCCUAUUAAUAGUCAACAAAUCAAAAAACCAAAAUUAUCAAAAAAUCAAAGCUUUGUAUGGAAAUAUUUUAAAAAAAUCGAGAAUGAAAAAGCUCAAUGUAUAAUUCCUAUAAUAAAAAAUGGAAAAGAAGAACCAUGCAAUGCAUCUUAUAAAUUCACAGGUUCUACUUCAAACAUGAAAUACCAUUUGAAUGAACAAAAAAUACAACAACCAACAAUCAGUUCAAUGAUUAGUAGAGUAAUACCUCAUGGAAAAUCACAACAGCAUAAGUUGAAUGUAACCUUACUUGAAUUUAUUAUUACUGAUUCUUUUUGUAAAAAGAAAUUCAAAAUAUAUGAAUAUAUUUACAUUAAUUGA